AUUUAACGAAAACGUGCGAGGAAAUGUAAACAGCAUAAAAAUAUCUUAAAAUGGAUUAUUUCACAUUCUCAUUUCAUUAUAAUGACAUUUUGCAUGAUUUAAGUAGUACAUGCAGAUUUUGUCUUCGAAAAGCUGAAAAUCAUUCAAUACUGCUGUUUGAAGUUACAGAAUCAAGCAUUAAAAAUUUUGAAGAAUUGACACAAACCAAGCUUUUCAAUAUAGAUGCUCAAGGUGAUUUAAUAUGUGGCGAAUGCAGUGGUCAAUUAGAAAAUUUCUAUUUGUUCAAGCAGCAACUUAUAUUGAAACAGAAUCAGCUUAAAGAAAUGAUAGACAAAGUUUGCAAUUCGAUAAAUUUGAUGGAUCAACAGGAAGACAAUACGGAAAUAUUCUAUGAAAAGUUGAUUGAGGAAGAUGAAGACGAUGAUUUGAUGAAUUUCAAUUUUCUCCCAAGUGUGAAGGAUUUAGAAGAUACUUCAGAUAAUGAUGCAAUUAUUAAACUCAUCGAUGAUAUUCAAGAGAGAAAUGAAAUGAUUUUGGAAAGUUCGAAGCCAAAUGUAAAACUGAACGAUAAAAAACAUUCAAAAAGUUCUUGUAAGAAAAGCAACGAAAAAGUUUCUGAACCUGUCACUAGAAAUGAAGAAUUAAAAUUUACCAAGCAACUGCCAAAAUUGAUUAUAAAGCCAGUACUUUUUGAAGAUGAAACCUCAGUUGAAACUGGAGGAAUUGUGUUGUUUUCACAAAAUGAACUUUGCAGCAUUUGUGGCCUUCAAUUUCCUUCUGAUUAUCAACUUAAACGACAUCUAAGAACUUCACAUCCGCUUGAACAACCAUUAGAAUGCUGCAACAGGAUUUUCAAAUUCUUGAAAGAUUAUAAAAAACAUCAAAUGACAGAUCACCCAAAGGCCAUCGAAUGUUUAAUUUGUGGAAAAAUUUUAAAGAGCCAGAAAACUUUUAUAGUUCAUAAAAAGUCGCAUCAAAGUUUAAGCGAACGGAAGUUUCGAUGUUCACAUGCUGAUUGUCACAAAGCAUUCAACUUCAAACUUCAUCUUGAAAAUCACGAACGAACUCAUACCGGAGACAAACCAUUUAAAUGUAAACAAUGCGAAGCAUCAUUUAAACAAAGUUAUCAAUUAACACUUCACAUAAGAAAGCAUCAAGGAAUUAUCCACGAAUGUUCAAAAUGUAAACUAAAAUUUUCCUUGAAAAGUCAACUUGAUAAACAUACGAAAGUAUGUAACAAAGAAAUUACAGGUAAAAAACGAUUUCGUACAAUAAAUAAAAUAGAUGAAAUUUAAUUAGUUAAAAAGAUAAACCAUAGCCAAAAAAAGCAUUUCUUAUAAGAUUUUUUAUAAGUCAAUAGUCAUGAGUUAAUAAAUUAAUGUCUAGAAUAGUCUA